AUGCGAAGUUCAUUUGGAACUUUAAUAUCUCUUCUACUUAUUCCUUUAACAUUAAUAAGUUGGUAUAGAGCUUAUAAUUUAUAUAAUGAAGCAAACUCUAAUUUAUAUGAAAGUGAUUUCAUAAAACCUUUACAAGAUGACUUGAAAUUUUAUGGUUCAAAGUCGAAGAAUGGGAAUAAUUUGAACAUUCCGAAAUUUAAUAAUCUUACUAUUGAUGAUAAACUUGAUAACAUAUCCGAUUUACAUAUAUCUAAAUUUCAUAAAACUGGUGGGACUUCUCAUUUUUUACAUUUUCUUGCGACAAUACUUCCGGUAGUAUCACCAUCAUUUGUUUUGGUUACCGGAGAUUUAACUGAUGGAAAAGAUGUGGAUGGCAUUACAUCUCAACAAUUAAUUGAAGAAUGGACAUCCUAUCAGACGGCAUUAAAGGAAUCUGGUGUUCUCGAUCGUCCAAAUUAUUGGUUUGAUUUAAGGGGUAAUCAUGAUUGCUUCAAUGUUCUUUCAUGGGAAAGCGAACAAAAUCUAUUUAAAAAAUUUAGCGCCGUAAAACAACAAGGAUUUGAUUUUAUAAUAGAAAAAGAGUUUGGAAAUUAUAGAUUCCUUGGAAUAGAUGCCUGUCCUAAAAUAGGUCCCGCUAGACCUUUUAAUUUUUUCGGAUAUUAUGAAACAGAAGAUAUGGAUCCGACAACAUUAUUUGGUGAAACAUCAAAAGGAGAAACCUUUGACGACAUAGCAAAACAUAUUAGUGUCUAUAUGUGUGGACAUUUACAUAAAUUAGCGUGGGGUUUAGGAGAUCAUUUACAGACAUAUCAACCUAGUCAUUACCUUGAAUUGGAAAUAGGAGAUAUGAAACUUAAUGCAAUUUAUCGUAUUAUAGCUAUUGACCAUGAUUUAAUAAGCUUUGUUGAUUUAAUGUUACCUUUACCCAAAAUUCCAUUAACUUCAUUACCAUUACCUGCUGAAGGAAAUUCAAUUUUGCCUGAUAAAUUAAAUUUCUCACCAACAAUAUUAAUCACAAAUCCUAAAGAUUCCCGUUUUCUAAUGAAAUAUCAUGAACCUGUUGAUCGUAUAAAAGAAAGUACACAUAUUAGAAUGUUGAUAUUUGCUGAUCAUGAAGUGAAUUCAGUUGAAAUAUUUUUUAAUCAAAUCAAACAUCAAGAAGACGUAGUUUAUAAAGGUAAUUCAAAAAAUGAUGAGAAUAAUGAAUAUAUUCCGCUUUGGGUUUCUAAAUGGAAUCCAGAAAAGUUUGAUGACGGGAAAGAGCAUAAAAUUACUGUCAAAGUGAGUGACAUAUUAGGAAAUGUAGGUGAAAGUGAAUUAAUAUUUCGUGUAGAUGGUAAAAGAAGUGAUAUGGGAGGUGGUAUAAGUAACAUGAUUCCAUCAACAAUUUAUGAAGGUAAAGAUGGUUCUGGAUUAUUUUGGUUAUAUGGAAUACAAUAUUUAUCUAAUUCUAAAUGGUAUCCAAUAUUUGAUACAUGGAGAUAUGCAGUAGAAGAACAAAUGUUAUUUUCAGUUGAUUUAGUAUUAUUAUGGUUAAUGAUUAUAACAGGUGAAAGAAAAAUUAAAACUAGUUUGUGGAUAGUUGGUUUAACUUAUUGGUUAUGGAGAGGUACUGAAUUAAUUAGAAUAGCAAGAAUUUUUGGUUCAGUAGCUGUUUGGUUUAAUGUACAAACUUUUUGGUGGGGAUUUUGGGGAUUUUACUAUUUUCAUUUAAUAAUAGAUUAUUAUAUAGAUUAUCAUUGA